AUGUCCUCCACCUCAUUUUGGGAUGCAUUUUUAUAUUCGGAAUUUUCCAAUCCGAGCACUAGAACCGUAUCGGCUGUCAUGCUUAUUUUGGUUUGCACAGUUGGCUCAAUUGUGAAUUGUUUGAUUUUUUUCGCCACACUUCUUCGAAUCUCGAAGCGAGAUGGAUUUCUGAAAAUUUGCUGUUUUAAUAGUUUUGGGAGCAGUAUAGUUUGCAUUGGGUAUUUGGCAUUUCCGGUUCCAAGUCUGUUAAUGGACGGCUACCCAAAUCACUGGCUCAACGCAAUAAUGGGACAACUCAUCGGCUGGUUUGGUUGGAGCAUUGGUCCGUUGUCACAAAUUUUAUUGGCCACUAACCGUAUAACAGCUGUCUAUUUUCCACUUUGGCAUAUGAAAAAGUAUCGAUUUAACCCUACAAAUUUUGGAAUCGGCUUCUCCCUACUGAUCGCGUUAUUUUCAUUUGCUGUGCUGCUACCAGAAGGUUGUCACUACCUGUUCAACCGUGACUACCUUGGCUGGAUUGGUGAAGUUACACCGUGCACUGAAGUGGCUCAGGAAAUAUUUUUUAUAAUCAUGCUUUUCAUUACUGGUGCGACAACUUUUUGCAGUGUUCUGCUCUUUAUCAAGUUGAUUAUGCACUCGCCCGAUCCCCAUGUUUCCAAUGCACAACUAACGUAUCGACACAAGAAAAAUAGAAGAAUGAUAAUUCAAGCAAUUGUGCAAAGUAUCUUAAUUAUCGUUGACUCUCUGAACUCUACAAUAACCUACAAUAUGUUUCCAAAUUUAUUUUUUCAAUUCAUAACUCUCUCGUUUUCAAUGGUAUUUUUAAGAACUGUGGAGGGAUUUGUGGUAUUUUCCAUCAAUACUUCGAUUAAUGCCGCAGUGAAAAAGAUGAUAGGGAUUAGGACUUUGGUUCAAAUUGGAAAAACGAUUUUUGUUGCGAAAAAUUCAAACUCAACGGGACCACAAAGACGGUCUAUACCUAUCAUAUAA